ACAAUUUGGAAAGUUCCCCCUCACCCCAGAAGAAGAACACACAGUCACACACUUGAUCACUAAUCUCUGCAAAGAAUUCCUCUCUGAUCCAGAAAUCAAUGUCUUGUUCCACAAGCUAUGCUCCACUUCCGAGUUUCAUUUCUAGCACCGCCGCCGGCAGAGGUUUAUCCCCACGGUUCCCCGCCGGGAGGCGUUUCUCUUCAUCCCCAAAUGCCGGAAAAAAUUCUGCAUUAUCCAAACAGCGCCGGAGGUGUGUGACGGUGAACGCGAAAUCGGGACGGAAAACGGCAUUGGAGUAUAGGAAACUCGGUGACUCUGACCUCGUCAUCAGUGAAAUCACACUUGGAACUAUGACAUUUGGGCAGCAGAAUACUGAGAGUGAAGCUCAUGACAUUCUCAAUUACGCAUUCGAGCAGGGAAUUAACAUUCUGGAUACUGCUGAGGCUGUAAGUCUUCUUGUAACCUAACUAUUCACUCAAGAAGAAUUUCACCAACAGGAAGCUUUAGGAGUUAUCUCUACAGAACAAUGUGUUUUCCAUGCACUAUUUCAAAUGUAUAGUUAGAUAACGGCCUAAUCUGUGACCAUAGCUUCGUUGCUUUCAAAUAAACUAAAUUCAGUUGGAAGUAUUGAACUUAAUUAUGAUAGUACAGAUAGUACAGAUUCUUUUCUGCAAUUAGUUUCCUUUCAAACUUGUUUUCUCAUCAGUUGAUGUGGUUCUAUUUUCUUUCUUUCUUUCUUUCUUUUUUUUUUUUUAAAUGGAUUGUGGUGGAAUUAGAAGGUUUCUAUAGUAAAGAGAAUGUGCUCUUUCAAGCAGUGUUUUUAAUAGUUUGUUUCCUUUCUUGCUCCAUUGUCCAGCUAAAGAUCUUAGCUUUCUUUCUAACUUGUGGAUUCAUGGAUUUAUUUCAUGUUAAUCAUCACCAAAGUACCCGAUCCCAAUGAGCAAAGAGACGCAAGGGCGCACAGAUCGAUACAUAGGUAGUUGGCUUAAGUCUCAACCCCGUGACAAGGUUAUUGUGGCCACUAAAGUUGCUGGUUAUUCAGAGCGGUCUUCCUAUUUGCGGGACAAUGCAAAAGUUUUGCGUGUUGAUGCUGCUAAUAUUAAGGAAAGUGUGGAAAAGAGUCUUCAACGUUUAGGUACCGAUUACAUUGACUUGCUCCAAAUACAUUGGCCGGACCGCUAUGUUGCACUGUUUGGGGAAUUCUUCUAUGAUCCUUCAAAAUGGAGACCAAGUGUUCCAUUUGAUGAACAACUACUGGCCUUCAAGGAACUGAUUGAUGAAGGGAAGGUUCGGUACAUUGGCGUUUCAAAUGAAACUUCAUAUGGAGUAAUGGAAUUUAUUCACGCCGCUAAAGUAAAAGGACUACCAAAGAUUGUCAGUAUUCAAAACAGCUACAGCCUCCUUGUUAGAUGUAAAUUUGAGGUUGACCUUGUUGAAGUAUGUCAUCCAAACAACUGCAAUAUCGGAUUGCUUGCUUACUCUCCACUUGGUGGUGGAGCUCUGAGUGGAAAAUACUUGGAUAUUGACUCUGAGGCUGCUCGAAAGGGAAGACUGAACCUGUUCCCUGGAUAUAUGGAGAGAUACAACAAAUCCAUCGCGAGGGAAGCAACAAUAGAAUAUGCAGGAGUGGCCAAGAAGCACGGGCUUACCCUCGUAGAGUUGGCCCUUGCAUUUGCUCGAGACAGACCAUUUAUGACAAGUUCCAUCAUCGGUGCAACUUCAGUGGAUCAAUUAAAAGAAGACAUUGAUGCAUUUUUGAAUGUCGAACGUCCUUUGCCAGCCGAAAUUAUGGCUGACAUCGAAACCGUGUUCAAACGAUACAAAGAUCCAGCAAUACUAUAGAAGACAAUUCAACGCCACAAAUUUUGUACUUCUCCUGUUAGUAACUUUUACAUGUAGUUUUAUCAUGAAUAAGAUUAUGAACUAUCGAAGAACAUCCAUGGGACAGUUUCCUUGAAGCUUCUUCUUGGAUGAAAUAGAGUCAACCUGACAAUGGUCUGGGCUUUGGUUUUUUUGCGUUAUAAUUUAAGAAUCUUCUAUUGUUGUAUAUAUAUAUAUAUACUUACAGUCUACUACUAAUUAUUGAUUUGUAAGACAUCUUCCGCCCUAAAAUAAGAGUCACUUUAUUGUAU